AUGAAGACCGCAAUCAUUGCCGCCGCCGCUUUCCCUGGCAUCGCAACCGCAAAGGGAAGCGGGCAUUAUGGCGGUAGCUACCCGCCGUACGCCUCGAGGAACUGCCCAUUCAUCCCUUCGGCCGGCCAAUUCGUUCUCUUCGCCGACAACAUCCAGACAGUCUCACAGGUCAGCCCUGACAAAGCCUUUCUGAGGUCGCAAGAUCUCUACGUCGAGACCGCCAACGAUUUGGCCACGGCCUCUCAAUUUACCAUGCCGGACUUUGCCCUCGGUGCCAACUGCUCCUUGAAUCUGGCCGUCCCAAGCCCUGACCAGAUCUAUGGUGACCUCGACCAGGACGUCUUCAGUGGCGGUGGAAAGUAG